UCGUGUUAUGCACUGCCUUAAACCUUUAAAACGGCCGACUUAUUUAUGUAUUUUGUCCGCUAACCAAAAUACAAAAUUAAAAAGCAUUCUGUUAAAACGACAGAGGACCAUCAUUUGUAUGUAGGGACAUAAAAAUGACAUUUUGUUUUAGUUUAGUUUAGUUUUGUUCAAACUUCCGUCUUAUCCAGAGAAUAUGAAGAAUAUAAAAUGGCACAAGACCGCCAACCUUUUUUAACUCAGGGAUCAAACUGAAUUUUCACCCUCUGCCUUAUUUGAUCAAAUAAAUGGUGGCUCAACAACUAAAAAAACAUAUUUCCGCAACUGAACCAGCCUGACUUCCUUCGACGUUUUUAUCGUUUCUUACUGCAAUAGGUGCAUGAUUAAGCAUAAACAAUGACUGCACCUCAAACAAAUGGUUCAGUUUUAAGUGAGCUUUUAAGGACGCAUGACUUGUGCAUAGCUUGCUCACUGUGUUCCCAAAAGGAAAAUGACAUUACUUAUUCUGUAAAGAAAGUUAAUCACCACUGCAAGCACGAGGUGCUCCUGGUCCGACAGAAAGGCAAUGGAAGCAAGUGGAAACACCUAUCGCGCCGGCCACAGUUUCCUAACCCAUCUAGGUAUUUCAAGUGCUGGUUUUAUACCGUCGGCACUGGGUGUGCAAAACACCAAAACCGAUGCACGUUUGCCAGAUGCGAAGAAGAAGCCACUGUGUGGACUUUUCAAAAAAUCCACAACUUGCAGUAUAAUGCUUUGAUGAAGCUACUCAUGGAAAAGCAACCGCCUACUGGUCCAAAAGCCAGCAGCAAACAACUCAGCUCUUCGGAAAAAAUCCUCAUCGAAUUUGCUGGUGAAUUCCAGGAGCUUUGCAAUCCCUGCUUCUACAGUAGCCCCCAGCAAAUCGCAGCUAAAGCAUUGCACAGGAAUCCGACUUGCACAUCCACAAUGAAACAUACCUGGAAACCACUGUUGGUCCACGCCAACACAGAAGGAAGCAAUAAGAAGGUGUAUAAUGAGAUCCGACCUCCGCCUCCUCUUACCAAUCUUGCCUACUGCAGAUAUGUCACCAAGGGUGUCCCGUGCUGGCAUGGAUCUUCACGUUGCUGCUAUGCUCAUAGUGAAGUUGAAAUGAGUGUUUGGAAGGCGGAGGUUGAAGGAGAGUUGAACCGCAGUGACUUGCUGAUGCACUCGAGGAAGAAGGAGACUCCAGUGCCACCAGCACCCCAGGUUCAGCUCUACUGCAAGGCCUGCUUGCUGACCUUCUCCUCUCAGGAGAGCUUCAUUAACCACUGCUUCUCCCUGGAACACGCUGGGAUGAUCAGCGAGGACACCGCGAUGGAGUGGAAGUACCGAGCGCCGCCCCAGCGCCGCAUCCAAGAGAUGCUGCUUUGUGACAGGCCUGAUACCUGCGAAUAUGGAGAGAACUGCGUCUGUGCCCACUCAGUGGAAGAGAUGCAGGAGUGGAUCAUGAGGGCCAGGGAGGCCCACAAGAAAAGAAAAGCUGUGGAGCAGUAUGGCUUACUCUCCUACCAGGACAGGUUACUGGAGGAGUACAGAACCUGCUGCAGUGAGGUUCUCAUUAUGUCACAGCAAAUAGAGGGUGUGUCCAUCACAUGUGACAAGGAACUGAUGGUUCAGUGUGAGGAGAGACAAGCACAGCUGAAGUGGAGCUUUAAGGUUCAAUCUGAGAGACUGCUGGUGCAUGUUGCAUUGCUGAAACAAGAACCUGGGGCCACAUUUACUCUGACUCAAGAUGGCUCACCAAAGGUCCGCUCUUACGCAGAAGGUAAAAGGUUCUCUACGUCAGACCGGACCUUUCUGAUUGAAAUCUUCUUUGAAUCUGUCAACUCUGGGAUCUACGAACAGUGGGUUGUCUUCGACUUUGACAUGAGACCAGUUGUGGUCCAGAAGAUUAAGGUGAGAGUUGGUCAGCAGAAUUUUGUCCAGCCAGACAUGUGCUUGGAAGGGAAGGAGUCCGGUUUUGCAGAUCUGGAGCGCUGGAACAGUGGAAACCGAAUAAUCGUCCCCUGCUUUGAGAAGAGAGAGGCAGAGCAACAACUCCUGAAAAAGUACAAAGCUCCAGUGCUGACCCUGCAGUACAAACAGAGGACAGGGGAGAAGACUCCCAUCACACAAAUGAACUACAAGGAGCAAAUGCACAGCUUCCUCAACCGAGAAGAACAGGCAGAAGAGGAGGUGCUUUCCAAACUCAGUCAGAAAGUGACCAUCUCAACGACUGACAUGCUGGAUGGUCCUCUUUCUGGGAUGAAGAUCGCACCUCCUGGAGACCUCUUUGCAAAGGUCCCUGUGGCUUACGCAUUGACCCCCGACACUAAUGAGGGGUAUCUGCUGAAGAAAGCAGUCCAGCUAGCUCUUUUAGCUCCCAAUCCUCAGGUGAACAACAAGGUAUAUGAAACCACAAUCCUCCGGGACGCCAAUGAUGAGAAAAACAUCUACCUCCAGUUGUCCAAAAGGUGCUGUUCAGAUCUUGACUUUCAGAAAGACAAGGAAUAUGACGUGGAGGUGCAGUUUCAGAUGGAUCGUCUCCGAUCGUUCUGCACUUGGCAUCUGGCUGUAGACCUCCUUCCAGAGGUGAAGAUAGUGCUGCCAGACUUCGCUGCAUGUUCUGUUCCUGUGUCCGGUGGAACAUUUCCCAAAGGCAAUGCAAAGCAGCAAACAGCCAUUUCCUUCAUUGUUGGGGACAGAACUGGACCAGUUGCGCCAUUGCUGAUUUAUGGACCAUUUGGGACAGGGAAAACCUUCACACUGGCAAAUGCAGCUAUGGAAACCGUGCGGCAACCAGUCACCAGAGUACUGAUCUGCACUCAUACAAACAGUGCAGCAGAUUUGUAUGUGAAGGAACAUCUUCACCACUAUGUCUCUGCCGGACACCCUGAGGCAGUACCUCUAAGAAUAAAAUCUGAAACACUUCCUUUAAACUCCACUGAUGCCAUCACACUGCAGUACUGUCACCUCUCUGAAGAUGGACGUUCAUUCACCUUCCCAGACAGGGCGACGUUGGAUUCCCAUAGGAUCAUAAUAACAACCACCAUGAUGGCCAAGCAUUUCCAUGACCUAAAGCUCCCACGAGGAUACUUCACCCAUAUCCUGAUCGACGAAGCUUCACAGAUGCUCGAGUGUGCUGCUAUAAUGCCCCUCAGUCUUGCCACUAGCACUACAAGGGUUGUGCUUGCUGGGGAUCACAUGCAGAUGACGCCAAAGCUCUUUUCGGUUGGGGGCAGCCAGUGCUCUGACUAUACUUUGCUGAAUCGCCUGUUCCACUUCUACCAGAAAGAAAAGCACGAAGUAGCUAAAAAAAGCAGAAUCAUCUUCAAUGAAAACUAUCGUUCCACUAAAGGCAUCAUUGAUUUUGUGUCCACUCAUUUUUAUAUUAAGGGGGAUACCAUCAAAGCAAGUGGGAAUGUCCCCCCUCAUCCUCGCUUCCACUCGCUGAUGUUCUACGAUGUCCAUGGGACCUGCACUCCCGACCCAUCGACGAUGUCCUGGUUCAAUAUCGAGGAGAUUAAUCAAGUAGCAGAAACAGUGCAGGGCCUGCUUAAAGACUGGCCUACUGAAUGGGGAAAUCCUGAACAAAGGACAAUUUGUGUUGUUUCUGAUGGGGCCCAGGUAAUCCUUAUAAGGAAAGAACUGAGAAAUAGGAACUUGGGCAAAGUGACAGUGGAGAAUUUAGCAAAUAUACAAGGGAAGCAGUUUAGGGUAAUUGUGAUCACGACUGUUCAAACACGGGAGAGCUUGCUUACCUCAAACUCAGACAAUCUGGAGUUUUUCAAUGAAGCCCAAGUGUUAAACACUGCCAUGACCAGAGCCCAGUCUCAGGUUAUUGUGGUUGGGGAUGCUGCAGGACUCUGCUGCUUUGGAAACUGUAGUAAGAUCUGGAAGAGCUACAUUAAGCAGUGUGUUAAUGAAGGAACAGCUUAUCCAGAGUAUCUUACCAUGGAUUCCAUCGAUCGAGCUGUUGUAGAAUUUACCAAAUUUAUCAAGACCGAAGGAGAAGAUGACAGCGAUACAGAAUCGUUUACUUCAGAGUUUAACGACAACGUUGAUGACCCUAUAUUACAAGAGCUUUUGGAUGAAACCAAGAACAUGACUGUGACUGUCACAGACGAAGGACUAUUGGAUAUUUUUCAUAAUAGUGAAAAUGAAAGAUCCUCUCAGGAGCAAGACUUCUACCAAGAGCAUGACUCACCGAAGCAAAGAGAAGAUUUGUAUACUGAUUUCCCAGAACCUACAUUAAAUUUAUAUUUGCAAAUGCAACCAAAUAUCUAUAAACUUUGUGAACUAGUAAUGGAAAAGUUCGACUCAGGCUACGGCCGACCCUUUAACGAGCCUAUGAUGCAGAUCAGAAUCAAAGGCAGAAAGAAUAUUGGCAUGUCGUUUCCAGGAGACCACGUGGUCGUACAAAUAUUUACAUCCCCUGAAAAUGAAAGUGCUGCUCCCAGUGGAAAAGUCGUGGGGGUACUCAAGAAGGCUGACUCUCCCAGGGUUUUUGUCUGUACCAUUGACAGUUAUGAUCGUCAGGUGAUGACACCUAUGAACAACUGUGUCACCAAAAUAUACACUCCAUGUUGCAAGAACAAUCGGAAUUCACUUCCAAUACGUAAGUUUGUCAAAAACAGAUGGGACAUAGUUAGGUUUGAAAAAAUGAACGAAGAGUCAAAGAGGAAGAACCUUUACGUUGUUCAGGUUUUGGAGUGGCGGAAGCAAUUUUAUUACCCCUUAGGGGUUGUGACAGAAGUCCUACCUAUAGGAAUGUCUUUGGAAGAAGGAUUGAAAACAUUGAAUCUGGAAUACCAACUGAGCACAAAUCGCUCUCAGCAAGUCUUUGAUGAGCUGGAAAAGUCAAACGAAUUACAGCUAAAUGGUGAAAAAAGGAAAGACUUUCGCAAGUAUCCAACAUUUACCAUUGACCCAAAGAAUUCCAAAGAUCUUGAUGAUGCUGUUAGUGUUAGAGAUUUAGAUGACAUGUAUGAAAUUGGGAUUCACAUUGCAGACGUAGCAAGUUUUGUUGCAAAAGACAGUGCCUUAGACAAAGAUGCCAAAAAACGUGGAGUUACUUACUAUGCCCCAGACAGGGAGCCUUUUCACAUGCUCCCUAAAGAGCUAAGUACAGACCUGCUUAGCCUCUUGCCCAACAAAGAUCGCAGGACCAUAUCUUUAUUGGUCCUGGUGGAAAAGGGGACUGACAGAGUUGUGAAAGGUACAUUCACAGUUUGUUUGAUAAAUUCAGACAGAGCAUUUUCUUACGAGGAGGCGGAAGACAUCAUCAGAACACAGCAGAAUGAGUUCAGGUUUGACUCAUUAGAAAGUUGCCUUGCUGUUGCUUAUCACUUUUCACAAAUUCACAGAAAGCACAGGCUUUUGGGUGACUUGCACUAUGAGCAGCCGGAUGAAGACAUUUCCCCUGGGAAAAGGAAGUCCCAUCAGAUGGUGCAGGAACUUAUGAUCAUGUUCAACAGUUUUGUCGCGCUGUACCUUGUGAAAAAAGAUAUAUCAAAGGAUUGCACCCCCCUGAGAUGUCAGAGUUGUCCAGACCGUCAGCUAGUCAGCCAGCUGAAGAGCAAAUAUAGAAGCCUAAUACCUUUGUCUGUCCACCUUACCUACCGCAUGGGUAGGUGCCAAAGUGGGAAUGACUUUGAGGACUCAUUCCAGCAACAGGAGCAAUCGGCAACUAACAACACAUUCUCUAUACUGACCUCUGUAUGGAAGGACCUGGCAUCCGCAGCUGAAGACAGAGACAUUUCCAAGAUGAUUGACCUGAUUUCUACUGAUGACUUUCAUCCACAAUUGCUUCCCGUAGUUUCAGAGUUCAGGAGACUGCUUGGCAAGUCAUACACUAUUCGCUCCAACUCAUCACCCCAGUCAAACGUUGGCCAUUAUUCCUUGCAGCUCGAAUCAUACACCUGGGCCUCGUCUCCCAUUCGUCGAUACUUAGACAUAAUUGUACAGCGUCAACUUCAUGCAGCUCUCUACCAGACAACAGUUCAGUACUCGAUUCAAGAAAUGGAUCUGCUGUGCAUGGAGUUUACACAAAAGAGUGGGAAGGGAUCAGCAUACGAAAAGAAAGCUCACAUGCUGAGUCUCGCCUCAAAGCUGAAAAAACAAGGCAUGCAAAAGCUUGCAUUUGUGCUUAUUGUUCAACCUAAGGGGGAUGGUUUCAGGGUCUCUUUUCCUUUUAAUAAACAUACAUUACCAGAUUCACACUUUAUAAACUACAGGCAUCUGCAGUUAGUGGACCAACCGUUGUUUGAUGAGGAGAUGAAGUGUAUGAUUCUGAAAUGGAGACGAAGAGUGUAUUCCAUGGAAACCUCCAAGACCAACAUCGAGCUAAGAGGACCACAGUGUAAUCCGUACACCACCCCUGUACAGAUAGAUACGUGGCAGCAAAUUGUGGCAGCAUUAAGGAAAGAAGAUUGGGACAGAGUAACUGAAAUCUUCAGCAACAUGUUUCCAGUUGAGAGUAGUAGUGACCAAACUGCAAAAUUAGUGAUGGAUCGCAAGCCUAUCCAGAAAAAUGUCAGCCAAACUGUAGAGUCCUCGUCCACCCAGAAGAAGGCCUGGAAGAGCACUGAUGGAAGAUCUGGGAAUUUCUUCAAGGGUAAAACUAACUUUGAUCACUAUGUUAAUCUUACCCUAAAUCUCAAGGCUGGGGAUACUUUGCAAGUGCAAAUGACUACAGAUAUAAAUCGUGGGUUACUGGUGCCAGCCGUGCAGCUACUGAACAUACAUCCAAAAUUUGAGGUGUGUUUAGACCAUGCAAAGAAUCCUGUCGUCUGUUUUUCCAAGUAUGCGGUACGUGCGUCAAAGAAGAGAUACACCAAUGUGCAAGAAUAUCAGAAGAUCUGGAAACCAUUGUGUGAAAUGGAAUCAGCCUCAAGCGCUGUGGCAGAAAACGAUAGCAUAAUCAUUGAAGAUAUGAGUCUAACGUGGAUAAAGGAGAAAGGUGGAAAGCAGAAUGGCACUUUUUACCUACCCGUGGAAUACAAAAAGGAAUGGUCUAUUGAAUGUGAUCUCAGCAAAUGCUUUUUAUGUAUUCGAUGCAGAGGUAUGAAACAAAGCUGGAAAACUGAAGAUUUGAAAGGAGCUCCUUACUGCUCAGAACAUGUGGAUCCCAACAACUUUACAUGGGUAGCUCACGGAAUAACUACCAACAAGCUGGACCAAUCUGAGAUGAAGAACCCUCCCCCUAUAAAAGUGCAAUUCUACAUCAAUCAUAUGUCAAUGGAGAAUACCCCAGUGUGUGUUUUUCAAGCAGACACACAGUUCACUGUGGAGCUGAUCCCAAAACUUCUACCUGACGCACGCAAGGAAGAUGCCAUCGCCAGCCUUAUAGGAGCCAAUGAACUUGUAAAGAACAUUGCAGUUGGACACACAGUCCCUCCUCAGGCUUCAAGAUCUGCAAUUUCAAAACUCAGGACUUUCAUCAUUCAGGGUCUUGGGCUCCCACAAAUGAAUGAAAGUCAAAACAAUGCAAUAAGACAGGCCCUUAAAAAUUCUUUCACGCUAAUCCAGGGCCCACCAGGAACUGGGAAGACCGUGGUUGGAGUUCACAUUGUUUAUUGGUUCCAUAAGAUGAAUUUAGAGGCGAACAAUUCCAAAAAAACAAGAAAGACGAAUGAAGCUGAAGAGACAAAGAAAACGUGCAUCCUUUACUGUGGGCCUUCCAACAAAUCUGUUGAUGUUGUUGCUGAGUAUCUGCUGAAGUUUACAGAGACCUUGCGGCCUCUCAGGGUGUACAGUGAGCAGAUGGAGAUGAUUGAGUUCCCAUACCCUGGCAGCAUCUUACAGCUCUCCCGCAAAUCCACCAGGGAGGGGAAACCAAAGGCAGAGCUCAGGUCCAUAACCCUCCAUCACAAAAUCCGAACGAGUCAAAAUCCAUUCUCAACUCUAAUCCUAAACUUUGAUGCAAGAAUUCGAAGAGAAGAGGACCUCACAGAUGAAGAAGUUGAACAGUACAAACAUGCACUGAUUAAAGCCCGACGGUAUGAACUGGCAAAGCAUGAUGUCAUCCUUUGCACCUGCACUGCAGCUGCCAGUCCCAGCUUGAAACUCAACGUGAACCCCAGGGAGAUUCUGAUUGACGAGUGCGCCAUGGCAACCGAGCCAGAAGCCCUCAUACCUCUUGUCAGCUAUAAACCUGAAAAGAUUGUUUUGAUAGGUGACCAUAAGCAGCUACGCCCUGUUGUACAAAAUGAACUACUUCGGAAACUGGGCAUGGAAAAAUCCCUGUUUGAACGCUAUAUGGACCAGGCUGUGAUGCUUGAUACACAGUACCGUAUGCAUGAAGAGAUUUGUGCCUUUCCUUCAAUGGAGUUUUAUAAGGGCCGCCUGAAGACGGAUGUUAUUCGCCCGACGAGUGUCCUGCAUGCAGAAUGGAAAAGGUGCACCCCAAUACUUUUUGGCCAUGUCGUAGGAGAAGAAGUCAGCUUGGUGGUUUCUUCUGAAAAGGGGAAUGAAAACUCCAAGGCAAACCUGGAGGAAGCUGAAAUGGCUGUCCGCGUAGCAAAGCUGCUGAUCAAUGUUUCCAAAGUGAGACCUGAAACCAUUGCUAUUCUUACCCCUUACAAUGCCCAGGUGUCUGAAAUUCAGAAGUUGCUACUGAAGAGUGAGAUUCAAAACGUAGCAGUGAGCACCAUCAUGAAGAGCCAAGGAAGCGAGUGGCGCUAUGUGAUUCUUUCCACUGUGCGCUCUCUUCUCUGUUCAAAGAUUGAAACGGAGCCCACCAAGUCAUGGAUCAUGAAAAACUUGGGAUUCGUUACUGAUCCCAACCAAGUCAACGUGGGGAUAACAAGAGCGCAGGAAGGACUCUGCAUCAUAGGGAACCGGAAUUUGUUACACUGCAGUCCCUUGUGGAAGAAGCUACUGAAACAUUUCACGGCUAAGAACUGCGUAGUAAAUGCAAAAGAUAUUACCGUACAGAAGCCACGAGCACGCUAACCAACUCCUGCUGCACUAGCAGAGGCUGAGACAAUAGACUCAUUGAACAUACUAGCUUAUUGGAUCCUGCCUCUCGGGGGACACUAGCAGCGUCACAGUACAGCCUGCGACACCGGGAGUGCUUGGUCUCAAAGUGUAUUUCUUUCAAACAAGGAAAAUUGUAUUUAAUCUUUUCCUGUGGGGAAUAAUGCCAAAUUUAUCUGAUACAAUUUCCAGCACUUCAAGUGGCCUAAGGUUUUUUUUUAUUUAUUUUGAAAGCAGGUAAAAAUUGAUUGCAAGUGCUGUGGCCAUUGCCACCAUUUUGAUAUCCUGUCUGGUUGUGUUGUCUACAGUGACAGAGUUUCUUAUUCUGACUGUAGUUGGCGCAUGUAAUGAAUGCUGCCUAGAGUAUGCUCCUGGGAGCUCCUUGCGUUGUGAUUGGAUGUGAACUCUCAGAAGCUGAUAUUGAACCUCACAUCCAAACAAACUGACCAAAGCACUACUUUCACUUUUAAUCUACUUCAGAUAAUGAAACCAGCAAUAAUUCAGAGUGAUCUGUCUCUACAGUGAAGUUUGCAACCACUUCUCUGUCUCAGAAGUAACUAUUGCACUGAAUAUAUGUGCUCUGAAGGUAUAAUAAAAUACUGGAAUCACUUUGGUCCUUAUAUAAAAUUAAAUGUUUUUAUUUUCGCAUUUAUGGCAGUUUUACUCGAUUACAUUCCUAUUUUUAAUGCAAAUUCGUAUGACAAUUUAUAAUACAGGUGUUUUAUCAAAUAUUUCAUAGUACUCUUUAUUAUGGCUUUUAAUGUAUUUUUUUUUUUUUACACAGCGUUACUAUUUUUAUAUUUAAGAACUUUUUAAACGGGUUUUAAAUUAUGAAUGUCAAAAAUAUGUUUUUGUUUAAUUUAAAUAUGUAAAUCUUAACUGUAUGGGGUCAUUGUGAUGUCUUUCCAAAAAAAUAUACUGUUAGCUGGGACAGGUCUUGAUAGAUCAUAGGUGUUGUAAUUCUGUAGUUAAAGAAAACCCAGUUCUUAGUUAAUGAUUUAUACUUUAUACUUUUAAAUCUAAACUGGAAUAAAAUGAAACACUUUCCAGUUGCUGGUAUUCACAAGUUUAGAGUAACAAAUUGAUCGCUCGAUACGUACCCGCCCUUAGAGAGACACAAGUGUUUUAUAUCUUUGAAUAAAAUUGUAUUUUUAUAAGUAUGUAUCAUCGCUGAUAAAACCAUUUCUGUUUUAUGUACAUGUCAGGCAUUUGCCAGUUUUUAGUGAAAUGUAUUUGGUCAGUUCUUACUGUUCAGUUUUCUAUCAAAUUAGAGCUGACAAAAAAAAAAACAUUUGAAUGACAAUCCCAUUUUCAGCAUGUGAUCAUAAUUAUUAUUUAUGUGUUUAUUGUUAUUUAACUAAUGUGUGGGAAAUGAAGUCUAUACGCUGCUAUGCUGUCACUAUUUAUAUAAAAAUAAACACACAUUUGAUUGAUGAACUUGGAAAUGACUGUCACCCUGUAAUGUGUACAGGGUGAACACCCCAUCUAUAGUGAAUCUGGAAGGGGGAGUGUAAAUGCACACUGUGCAAUGUUCACUGAUUCAGGAAUAAAACCUAUACAUUAGUCACAUAAAUACUGUCAGUACCAUGGCACCUUAUUCAAAAAACUUUAAGGACUGUUUUAAGGAUGUUUUUAAGGACUGUUUUCUGAAGAGUGUUUAUAAACAUUCUCUUAGUUAAACAGCGCUUUGUAAACCAAGAAUUUCUGUAAAACAGUUUCAAAGGUUUUAUAAACAGCAAACUGGAUUGAAUAAAUCAAAAUGAGUUUUAAAAAAACAGUAACAUUCUGUAAAACUUUAUUAUGUAAUUUUUGCACAAUUAUUGUAUUAUUAUUAUUAUUAUUUUCUUCCAAAACUUAAUAUUUUUAUUGUUUGUGUUUUGUUGUGUAUGUAGGUUUUUGUAUUGAAACUUGAUCGUUGGUAAAUGUCUGUUCUAUAAGGUGAGGCCAUUUGAAUGUGAAAGUCAGUAUGAGAGACAAAUACAGACAUGCUGCAGGGAAUUCAACUGCUGUAUGUUGUAUUUUACUUUUGUAUUGCAUUUUUUUGUGUUUACAUAAAUAUCAGAUUGGUUAAUAAAA